CAUGUUGUUGGCCUAUAUUGUCAAUGUUAUUGUUAGCAGUCACUGGCCCCGCCCACAGCGGAAGUAGUCUUACAAAAGUGCUGCCUGGAGGAGGAGGAGGUCUGCUCGCAGUUUUAUUCAGGAGGACGCUUGAGAAGUUAAUGUGUGAUUUCGUUAACGGCUGGGGAAAGUAAAUGAGCAAGGGCAAUAUGUCGCGUAAAUUGCACGCGAGAAGAAUUGAAGGAAUUGACAAGAAUAUAUGGGUGGAAUUCAGUCAGCUGGCUGCUGACUAUAAGGCUGUGAACCUGGGUCAGGGCUUCCCUGAUUUCUCCCCUCCUCAUUUCAUUCAGGAGGCCUUCUGCAAAGCCCUGAAUGGAGGUUUCUCCAAGCACCAGUAUACACGCGCUUUUGGCCACCCAAAUCUUGUGAAGAUCCUGGCCAAAUUCUUCAGUAGGAUUGUUGGCCGGGAAAUAGACCCAAUGGAGGAUAUCUUGGUUUCUGUAGGAGCAUAUCAAGCACUUUUCUGCACCUUCCAAGCUCUUAUUGAUGAGGGCGAUGAGGUGAUUAUUGUGGAGCCAUUCUUUGACUGUUAUCAGCCAAUGGUAAUGAUGGCAGGCGGAACAGCUAUAUAUGUGCCCCUUAAACCAAGGGAAGGCUGUGGUCCUGUUCUAUCCAGUGCUGACUGGGUGUUGUCUCCUGAAGAGUUGGCGAGUAAAUUUAGUCCUCGUACCAAAGCCAUUGUCAUUAACACUCCUAAUAACCCUCUUGGCAAGGUCUAUCAGCAGGAGGAACUUCAGAUGAUUGCGGACUUGUGUAUUAAACAUGACGUCAUUUGCAUCAGCGAUGAGGUAUACGAGUGGCUCACAUAUGAUGGAACAAAACAUGUGAAAAUUGCCAGUCUGCCAGGUAUGUGGGAACACACUGUCACCAUUGGGAGUGCAGGCAAGACUUUCAGUGCCACAGGAUGGAAGGUGGGUUGGGCAAUGGGACCAGGGCAUAUCCUGAAGCACUUAAAAACCGUCCAUCAGAAUUCAGUGUAUCACUGUGCCACAGCUGCCCAGGAGGCUGUAGCAGUAGGUUUUCAGAGGGAAUAUUAUGUAUUUGGAUCAGAGGAAAGCUAUUUCCACCAGUUACCCAUACAUCUUCAUGAAAAGCGACUGAGGCUGGCAGAUUGUCUGAAGAGUGUUGGCCUAAAACCUGUACUACCCCAGGGAGGAUACUUCAUGAUCGCAGAUAUCUCAAAUCUUAAUGUUGACCUUACUGACCCUAGUACUAAAGAUGAACCCUAUGACUACAGAUUUGUGAAAUGGCUCAUAAAAGAGAAGGGACUGGCCACUAUCCCCGUGUCUGCAUUCUACAGCCCGGAACACAAAGACGAAUUCCAGAAAUACAUCCGAUUCUGCUUUGUAAAGGAGGACUCAACCCUGCAAGCAGCAGAGGACAUACUGAGGCAGUGGAGUGACAGCAAAUGAAAAUUCAAAAUUCAGACAGUACAGGCCUUGCACAGACUGAAAAAUCUGAAAAGCAAGAGAUCUUAUAGCAUGAUCUAAAAUGAGACUGGUUUGUAGCAGUUUGGGAUAUGAAUAGUUAUUAAAAAGAAAAGUGUUUAUUAUUAGGCUGAAGAUUGACUAUAUGCAGGACUAGCAGAUGGUGCUAAUUGCAUCACAGAACAGAGGGAUGAAAAUCUUGCAUGGCAUGUGUGGUUAAAAAAAGGAAAUGAGAAUCAGUCCCAUGAUAACAAUCAAUAUCAUAUCAUUUUAUUAUCAGUAAAAUUUUAUGCUAAAAAUAUAUUAGUGGGUGGAAUCUUUUCAGCCGGUUAAGCAUUAUUGUUCUUUGAUUGUCAUGUUCGUCCCCUUUUUUUAUUUUUUUAUGCGUUGUAUUGCCACAUACUUUCUUUCCUCUCUGGAUUAUACCUUGAACUGCAUUACUGCCUGUAAUUACUGGCUACACUCCAAGUUACAAAUUACACAUUAAUAGAUUUCACUUCAUCUUAAACUGUUUUAUUAACUUAAUGUAAGUAUUAUAUGCGGCCACUUUCAUCAUAAAAUAUUGCAAACUACAUUGUACGUCUGCAUGUAAAUCUAAAUGAGCUUUCUUUGUAGAUGGUCUGACUCUAAACACUGUCACCAAUUACAUAAGUUCUUUCACACACUUCUGCAGGAGAGAGCAAUAAUGUGUCGCACACUGGUUUGUAGGACACGGACACGGGGUUGUUGAUCAGCUUUUUUCGAAGGCUUGAUUGUGUUUAU